AUGACGUCGACCUGUGUGAUUGAGGACCAGUCGCGCGAAGCAAACAGAAUCACGCUCGAGGUGUUGCCUCCGAGUGAGCGUUUAGGAGCCGUUAGCGAUGCGACUGACUCGACUGGAGAUACCUUUCCAGCGCUGGAGAAGUGGAAUGAGCCGCGCAUCAAUACCUAUCGCUCGUUCUCGACGUUCUGGAGCUUUCUGGUGAUGGGCGCAAAUGAUGCUGCAUACGGUGCCUUGAUCCCAUACGCCCAGCUCGAAUCCUAUUACCACCUCUCCUAUACUAUUGUCUCGCUCGUCUUUCUGUCACCGUUAGUGGGCUACACACUCGCUGCCGUACUCAACCACCGCAUCCAUACAAAGCUGGGUCAGCGAGGGCCAGCCCUGAUCGGACCAGUUUGCCAUCUGCUCGCCUACGUAAUCAAUUGCGUCCACCCGCCCUAUCCAGUCCUGGUGAUUUCCUUCAUCUUCGCUGGCUUUGGGAACGGACUAGAAGAUGCGGCAUGGAAUGCUUGGAUCGGCAACAUGGCUCACUCGAAUGAGUUGCUGGGCGUGCUCCAUGGCGUCUACGGAGUGGGCGCGGUGUUGAGCCCACUGAUCGCAACUUCGAUGAUUGCCCGCGCUGAGAUGCCCUGGUAUUACUUCUACUACGUCAUGAUUGGAGGUGCCUUCAUCGAGCUCAUUACCUGCGGCGCGUGCUUCUGGAAGAGCACAGGCGCGGUAUUCCGCAGGGCGACGAUUGAGCCAGCUGGCGAAGAGAACAACGGUGGUUUGCGAAAGGCGCUAUUCAGCUAUCCCUCUGCGCGUGUUACCUGGUUAUGUUCCCUCUUCUUGCUAGGAUAUGUCGGGGUCGAAGUCGCACUGGGCGGAUGGAUCGUCACGUUCAUGAUUCGCGUGCGCCAUGGCGAAGCCUUUGCAAGUGGCUUGACAGCCACUGGAUUCUGGCUGGGGAUCACAGUGGGACGGGUCGUGCUAGGAUUCGUGACAUCGAGGAUUGGAGAGAAACUGGCAGUUGCGGUAGAUACCCCUACUUACCCCGUGGCUGACAGAACUAACGAACUGCGACCGCAGACAUACAUUGUAUUCUCGAUAGCCUUUGGUCUUAUCCUCUGGCUCGUUCCGCAAUUCUAUGCCUCCGCCAUUGCCGUCUCGUUCCAGGGCUUUUUCCUAGGCCCGCUCUUUCCAGGAGUUGUGGUGAUGAUCACCAAACUGUUGCCACGGCACCUUCACGUCAGCUCCAUUGGAUUCGCUGCCGCGUUCGGAGGAUCGGGCGCAGCGAUCUUGCCAUUCGCCGUGGGUGCGCUGGCACAGGCAAAGGGUGUGAGAGUGCUACAGCCAUUCAUCAUCGGUUUGUCGGGGGCCAUCUUUUUGGCGUGGGUCGCUUUGCCGCGGGUGUCGAAGGUGCGGAGCGAGUAA